AUGAAGGAUUUACUCUCCAAGAAGAAGACUUUAAGCGGAGAUGAAACUGUAGUCCUGACCAAGGAAUGCAGUGCAAUAAUUCAGAGCAAAUUGCCAAAGAAGAUGCCAGAUCUAGGGAGCUUUCAGAUUCCAUGCACUAUUGGGAGCACAACCUUUGACAAAGUCCUAUGUGAUCUUUGUGCAAGUAUCUAUUUAAUGCCCUUGUCUGUGAUGAAGAAGUUGCAAAUCCAAGAGGUACAACCAACAAGAAUAGCAUUACAAAUGAUAGACAAGUCUUUGAAACAUGCACAGGGAAUGGUGGAGAAUAUCUUGGUCAAGGUAGAGAAAUUCUUCUUUCCAGCAGAUUUCGUGAUCCUUGACAUAGGAGAGGAUGAAAAUGUCUCUACCAUCCUAGGAAGAUUAUUCUUAGCCACUGAAAGAGCUUUGAUCGAUGUGGAAAAGGGUGAAUUUGUUCUGAGGGUGCAUGAGGAACUUUGA